UCGGAUCAGAAGAUUGCAGGUUCGAGUCCUGCCGCGGUCGCUCUUUUGCGACAUUGCGUAUAUUUUUUUUAUUUGAAAAAAUGUCGCUAUAAUAUCGAGACUGUCACAUCCUUGCAUGCAAGUGGCAUUGUCAUCUUUAUGGGAGUCGUCUUAACCCCAAAAUAAUUUUAAAACCGAGCUUCCUGAUACGAAGGUGCAUUUAAUGAUUGCAGAGGGAGCUUCGGUGUCGGGCUUAAUUCACUGCAACACUUAUUCCAUCCCUACAAAACGGCUCACGCUACGACUUCCCCGAAAACGGUACUUCGCGUUGCUUUUCACGUCUACGAUGAUGACACCAAUGGGCAUCACUACGGCGAUGGCGGAUGACACGGAGGAUGUUGCGCUGGACUUUGCUGCCGACGAGCAGGACAGUGCGCGGAGAGGCGCAGUCCUAAGACACCCACUCGUCUCCUUUUUCCACCUGUUCUUCCGGGUGGUUGCCAUUGUUGCCUAUUUACUCUGCGACUGGAUCAGCGAGAACUUUGCCUCGUGUUUUGUGCUGAUCAUCACUCUGCUGUCUUUUGAUUUCUGGUCUGUCAAGAAUGUGACUGGCAGGCUGCUGGUCGGCCUGCGGUGGUGGAAUCAGAUUGACGAAGAUGGAAAGAGCCUCUGGGUGUUUGAGGCCAAAAAAGCCUCCUUGGGCAAUAGCAUUGGGACAGAGGCAGAGGCGAGGAUUUUCUGGCUGGGUCUUAUCAUCUGUCCUCUCAUAUGGACAUUGUUCUUCUUCAUCUCCCUCUUCUCCCUGAAGAUUAAAUGGCUGUCCCUUGUGGUUGCGAGUAUUUCCCUCCAAGUGGCCAAUCUCUAUGGUUACCUACGCUGCAAGGCAGUAGGAGAGGAUGGCCAGCCUGCAGACAUCCGCGCUUUCUCAGGGCAGCACCUUCUGCAGCGUCCAGACAUCAUCUUUGGAAUACUAUGAAGAUUACCUCCUCCUUUACAGCCAUUCUGCUUCUGCUGUGUGUGUGUGUGUGUGUGUGUGUGUGUGAGAGAAAGAGAGA